ACAACGACCUUUUACCAAGAAAGGAUUGUGAGCGGGCCUUAAAUCAACGUUUUAUACCGAAUACAGUAAAAUAAGGGGUAUUCGUCAGUAUGACAACUCAUGAAAUGGAAUACAAUCAAGAGAAAGAAAAACAGACGACAUCCGUGUCAAUGGAUGAUGAACUCGAACAGAAAAGAAGAAAAGAUGAGAAAACAGACGAGACUACCGGUAGACUUUCGGGCCUGUUGUACAGCGUGGAGGAGGUUCCCCCAUUGGGCCUCUGUGUCCUGUUAGGAUUCCAGCACUACCUAACAGCAUUCGGAGGGAUCCUGUCAGUACCCCUGAUUCUAUACCGAGUGUUUUGUAUAGGAGAGGACAGAGUCGGUCUGAGUGAAGUCAUCGGCACCAUUUUCUUCUGCUCUGGCAUGGCCACACUGCUGCAGACCACCCUCGGAGUCAGACUUCCAAUCAUCCAGGGAGGGUCUUUCACCUUCCUCACACCGACGUUUGCCUUGCUGUCCCUCCCGAUAUGGUCCUGUGAGUACACAGAAGCUGAAAACGGACUCCGAAACUUCACGGACCUGCCACCGUACGGAAGUCCCCAACACCAGGAGAUGUGGCAUAUGCGCCUGCGCGAGAUACAGGGUGCCAUAAUGGUGGCGUCUGUGUUCCAAGUUGUAAUUGGUUUGACAGGAAUAAUGGGCGUGGUUCUCAGAUUUAUAGGCCCUUUAGCGGUCACGCCCACUGUGGCACUGAUUGGUUUGGGGCUCUUCCCAGAGGCUGCGGAUCUAGCUUCAAAACAGUGGUAUAUUGCUGUCAUGACGAUGGUGCUGAUAGCAUUGUUUUCGCAGUACCUUCGGGACAUCUCUAUACCCGUCUGUAGAUUCUCGAGGGAAACCGGAUGCGGUACAUAUAAACUUCCCAUCUUCAAACUAUUUCCGGUGCUGAUGGCGAUGUUGACUUCCUGGGGGAUCUGCGGUAUUUUGACGGCAGCCGGAGCCUUUCCGACUGAAUCCACUGCUUGGGGAUACGAUGCACGAACGGACACUAAACUGAACGUCCUGAGCGACUCGAGGUGGUUCCGGUUUCCAUAUCCAGGUCAGUGGGGUGUGCCCACUGUCAGUACCGCGGGGGUGUUCGGCAUGCUGGCUGGUGUCAUCUCGUCUAUGAUUGAGUCUGUUGGAGACUACAUCGCAUGCGCACGACUGUCUGGAGCGCCACCUCCACCGGAUCACGCUGUGAAUAGGGGUAUAGGAAUGGAGGGGAUAGCAUGUAUCUUGGCAGGGGCAUGGGGUUCCGGAAGUGGGACGACAUCAUACAGCGAAAACAUUGGCGCAAUCGGCAUCACCAAGGUUGGAAGUCGGCGGGUGGUACAGGUUGGAGGCUUUAUCAUGCUCUUACUCGGUUGUCUAGGGAAGUUCGGGGCAUUGUUCGUCACUAUCCCCGAACCCGUCAUCGGCGGCAUGUUCCUCGUCAUGUUUGGAAUGGUGGUGUCGGUUGGAUUGUCCAAUCUACAGUACGUCGACUUGUCCUCGUCCCGGAAUAUAUUUGUGUUGGGUACAUCCUUAUUCUUCGGCCUCUCGUUUCCGGUGUGGAUCAAAGAUCACCCCAACAGCAUAGAUACAGGUAGCGAUGUCAUGGAUCAGAUCAUUUCUGUGUUGCUCGGAACCAAUAUGUUUGUAGGAGGCUUGAUCGGACUUGUACUGGACAACACCAUCCCAGGGACGGACGAGGAGCGGGGAAUUAAGAAAUGGCGGGAAAUGACCAGUUUGACGGAGGGCGACACCAAACGUAGCGCUGUGUAUGACAUACCCUUUAUACAGCCUCUUCUGGACAAAAUCUCGUGCUGGCGUUACUUCCCAAUGUGCCCGGCAUUUACCGGGUGUCGACGGAGACGUCAUGGGGAAAAUAACAAACCUACAUCAUAUCAUAAUGAAGGGUUCACUGCUGGUCAGGAUCGAGACACGACUCAACUAUAACCCCAGAAAUCCAGCCAAUCCUGUUUGUUUAAAUAGUGAAGCGUACCCGGAUGUUAAAUCGUCAUUUCUAUGUAGUCCCAUCAUGCAUUUAAUGUCGUAUUGCUAAUUAGGACGCACUGACUCAACAUAGUCUUUUUGAAAUCGCUUACCGCUUUCAAAUUUGGCGCUAAUGAAACACUUUGUACAUGAAAUCAAAAGAAAACUUUCUGUUUCUGGCUGUUCUGUAUCUUUGAAGAACUCUUUUUGGUAAUUUUUAAAAUUGUUUUCAGCUUCACAUCAAGCGAAAUUGGUGGGAAUGACCCCGGCCAGUUUAAAAUCAGAUCUCCUAAAUGAAACACAUCGGGUACUGAGGAUUCAUUGAACCAUUCACACAAGUGUGUACGCUUUUCACUUAUAAUUUCAUCUGAGAUAGCUAUGGCCUCAUUCGGCUUAGUUCUUGUCGAUUUUAAAACGUACACAAAUAAGUCUCAUUGUGCGGUUAAUAAAACGCAAACAAUGUAGUGCGAAUGUUUGUAACUGAUGUACUAGUGAGGUCUGUAUAGAAUUUCAACAAAUCAAAUAUCGUAUGUUUGUUAAUAUGAUAAAUCGUGGUGUACGACUUCCAAGGAUAAGAACAUAAGAAAGUCCAUUGUGCAAUUUGUAUACAUUUGUAUAAAUGUAUGUAUAAUAAACAUUUCGCAAAGUUUAGGAGUUCAUAUACAACUAAAUGUAUUGUAUUUUCACGUUCCAUAUAUAUGGUUACCAUACUAUAAUUGUUAUGUAUAUAUAUAGCUAUAAACUUUAUUUAUAUACAGCAAUUGCGAAACAACCUAUAGUUUAGUCUUCAACGAAGACGCGAAGCGAGACUACGGUGUUACGUCGUCGUCAACAUUUCACUUUAAUGUUUUGCGUUUUGGUUCGUUGCUGAAAAAAGCAUACGUCCAACUUAAACCAAACCAAACUUGUUAUAUAGUUUGAUCACACAGUGGACAUACAAACAAACACACUUCAUUUACGGAAUAUAACCCAGAAUUUAUGGUCCAGUGACUCUAGAAAUUAGGGAUGCCGGGAAUCUGAACUUUAGAGUUUUGUAUUGAAUUACUCUUGUUGGCCUAGAUGGAAGCGCGGGAGGGGUACUGUGGGGGGAAACUGAAGUACCAGGAGGAAACAAACAUUUGCACGUCCGUUCGGGGAAUCGAACCCCGAUCGCGUAAGUAAAAUGCGAAUGCGGUUACCACUGCACCUCCAAUCACAGGGACUUGGCACGGAUUUCCAACACAGGGUCAAUAUACAUAAAUAUAUUACAGUAUCAAUAUGUAUGGACCGUUGGUAAAUCGUGCCCCCAUUGAUAGUGCUAAUAUCAGAUUGGGAUGGUCGGGUGACACAGAGGUAACAUGCUUACCAUACACUAAUACUGAUCGGACGGGGAAAGGUUUGGGUCCCUUGCCCGACCACGUGGGAUUUUCCGGGUUACUCCGGUUAGUUUCCUCCCCCAGUUAGACCCUUCGUGCGCUUCCAUCCGGGCAAGCAAGUGAUUAAAAUCAGUUGAUAUAACUGUUUCGCAAUUGUUGUAAAAUAUAUAUUUUUUACAUCUUUAUAUCAGUCUCAGAUAAUGAUAUAUGUGUAUUAUCAAGUUCUAAUAUGAAAUCCGACACAUAAUAGAAUCUAGGUGAGAAACGUG